UUCGAAAGCGUUUCGAGAAAAGACGCCGGCAAUACAGCCAAUCUGGACUUUGACGCCCGCGUCCCUAUACCCUUCAGUGUCUUCCCGUCGUCGUACCGGAGUGACGCUGUCUCUGAAACUACUCAGACGAGAGUAGAGGGAGAAGUCAAUCUCGAUCGCACUUCAGGCGUCGAACGGGAAGAUACUCGAGGAUCUGCCCCUCUCCCUGACCCCCGUGUUCACGGAAAGGAAGAAGUCGAUUUCCGCAUCCAAGAAGAUCGUUCGCCGCGCCACGUCGAGCGAAACUACUCCGCCGAGGUCGAUCUUACUCGUGAACGCUACCCCUACCGUGAGCCUGUCCGUUACGAGGACCGCACUCCAGUCUACGAUCAAGCCGUCGAGGACCAGCUCGACGUCACUGAAAGAGAGUACCGUCGCCGUACCUCUCCCACCUACGACUACAACGUCUCUUACGACCGGCCUUACCAGCCCGUAGACUCGUACGACUACCGGACCCAGUCCGCCGACGUCUCGUUCGACCGCAGUUACCAGCCCCAGCGCGUCGACUACCAGGCUCCUGAGUCGUACUCUCGCCGCGAGGUCGAGUACCAGCCCAGCCGUUCUCGCUACGCCGCCCCGACCGAAGUCCGGGUUUCUCAGUCCACCGUCUCCGACUCUACUCCUCGCAAGAUGGGUUACUACGACGACGAGGGUCACUACCACUCGUUCCGCCGCGGCGUUGAGCGUGCUGCUGACCGCAUCCUCCAUCCCCUCCACCAUCACGACCGUGAAGAGGUCGUCGUCGGUGGUGAGGGCGGCCCGGCCCGCUACAGCGACGGUGUCCGUGAGGAGGUCCGCAUCGUCGAGCCUCGCAGCCGUGGCUCGACCGGCGAGACCGUCCCCAUCCCCUGCCACUUCAUCCGCAUUGGCGACAUCCUCAUCCUGCAGGGCCGUCCCUGCCAGGUGAUCCGUAUCUCGGUGUCGCCCCAGACCGGCCAGCACCGCUACCUGGGUGUCGACCUGUUCACCCGCCAGCUGCAGGAGGAGUCGAGCUUCGUGGCCAACCCCUCGCCCUCGGUGGUUGUCCAGACCAUGCUGGGCCCUGUCUACAAGACCUACCGCAUCCUGGACCUUCGUGACGACAGCCGCCUGGUCGCCAUGACCGAGACCGGCGACGUCAAGCAGGGCCUGCCCGUCAUCCCCCAGGGCAGCCUCUUCAAGCGUAUCCGCGAUGCCUUCGCCGAUGGCCGUGGGUCCGUCCGUGCCCUCGUCAUCAACGACGGUGGCCGCGAGCUCGUUGUCGACUUCAAGGUCAUCCACGGCUCCCGUCUGUAA